UGCGCGGUCUCUUUAAGGAGGCUCCGGGGCGGGGACCGGACAGAGCGGCCGCCGGGCCGUGGCUCCCGCUGUCUUCGGUCCGGCCGCCGCGGGGCCCGGGGGCGCGGCGCUGCCUCCAGCGGGGCGCGGGCAUGGAGGCGGCGGCCUGAGCCGAGCUGGAGCUGGAGCGCGCGGUCUGACUUACCAGAAACAUGGCAACCAGCGCCGUCCCCAGCGACAACCUCCCCACGUACAAGCUGGUGGUGGUGGGGGAUGGGGGUGUGGGCAAGAGCGCCCUCACUAUCCAGUUCUUCCAGAAGAUCUUUGUGCCUGACUACGACCCUACCAUCGAAGACUCCUACCUGAAACAUACAGAGAUCGACAAUCAGUGGGCCAUCCUGGACGUUCUGGACACAGCCGGGCAGGAGGAGUUCAGCGCCAUGAGGGAGCAGUACAUGCGGACGGGCGACGGCUUCCUCAUCGUCUACUCGGUCACCGACAAGGCCAGCUUCGAGCACGUGGACCGCUUCCACCAGCUCAUCCUGCGCGUCAAGGACAGGGAGUCAUUCCCGAUGAUCCUCGUGGCCAACAAGGUCGAUUUGAUGCACUUGAGGAAAAUCACCAGGGAGCAAGGAAAAGAAAUGGCAACCAAACACAAUAUUCCGUACAUAGAGACCAGUGCCAAGGACCCACCUCUCAAUGUUGACAAAGCCUUCCAUGACCUCGUUAGAGUAAUUAGGCAACAGAUUCCUGAGAAAAGCCAGAAGAAGAAGAAGAAAACUAAAUGGCGGGGAGACCGGGCCACCGGUGCCCACAAACUGCAGUGCGUGAUAUUGUGACGGGCCUGGGGGCCUGGGCAUGGUGACCGUGGACUGGCCGGCCCUUGGGACCCCUCCACUGCCUAACUGCACUGAAACCAUUUCUAACCGCAGCCCUUGGCCCGAGGACUUUGCACUGGAAGGGAGAACGGGAGGGUGGGCAAGGAGGAGAUAGGCUCCGGCUUUGCCAAAAGGGCACAGGCUUUCCAGUCUCUCACAGGAGAGCAGGAAACAACAUGUGAACCGAAGAGGCACCCAAGCUCCUCCUGUGUGGGUUCCACCUGGCUGCCCCCCUGUCUUGGUGGGUGUAUUGUUUCCUUUAACUACAUAGUGCUGGUUUGGUGUAGAAGUGUUUAUCCAUGUGCAAAAACAAAACAAGCCAUGAACAAGCUUUCUCCCUGUGUCCCCAGUCAACGGCGUCUCAGUUCAGAUGUCUUUUGUAGAUUUUUAAAUUAUUUUAGUGGUUUUUAUUUUAUUAAAGGGGUCUGUGCCCACUGCCUGGUGAAAUCUCACGUUUUCAGCAGACCUCUCCGAUAACGUGUCUGGGAUGGGUUUUUUGUUUUUUGUUCUUUUUAAACUAGGUUCUCCCAGCAGUGCCAAAACUCAACUCAGUAUGAAAGUGUAGUGACUUAGAGAAUAAAAGGAAUGGGAACUGUGGCCAGAGGCCUCAGGCCCUGGAUCAAACCCAGAGGGAAAGCAAACCCCACUCACAGCCUAUAAACUGGAGAGAAGGGAGGGAGAUCAGAGGGUUUUGCUAUGAUUGAGGUUGCAGAGAGUAGGAACAGAAUUUUAUUCUGCUGAGGGGAGAGGCUGGCCCAAACAUGUCAGUUCUAAAAGGGCUUUUCAUUAUCCUGGAAGUGGGUAAGCUGAUCGGCUUUGUAACCGUGUUCACUCAUUUUUCAGACCAUGUAGGUUAAGUUCUGUGUCAUUCCUGGAUUUGUGAGAGGGCCUUCUGCUUCUCUGAUCAGUCUCUGUGCUUUCCCACAUCACCCAUGCUGUCUGGUGCCUCUUUGAUAUAAAAGCACUGACACAGGCAUGUGUGUUUCUCUGUGUCAAAGCAAGCUAACAUGGGCACUAUCCAGAAAAGUCCAGUUCACACUGAAUCUUAACCAAAAAUGAUUCAAUACUGUUAUCACUAAAACAGCACCAUGAAAGACCCAAAGCCAUUUCCCUUUGAGUCAACUGACUACCACCUCUGUAAGCCCAGCUACCCCUUCCAGCUUUCACUUGCAUAGUGUUAGGAGCCUUUCUGGCACAUACUUGUAUUAACCUUUUGGACCUUGAUUCUAACAUGUGACUGGAGGAGAAAGGAAGUUAGGGCUGAUGACAUGGCUCCAUACCCCUGGGUCUGCAAUGGGGCAGUCCCCCAACUCCCAGACUAUGCCCACCUCCCUCCCAGGUGCUGCCAAAGACUGGGUUUCUUCCAGCCAGGGCUGAAGUAGUGGCAAGAGGGGCAAAAGGAAUAUCAGACCCCUGAGAGAAGGUCAAAAGAUGAGGAGCACAGCUUGUGGCCUUACUUUCCAGAUGUUACAGAUCAAGUCACUACGCAAACUGCAAGCUCCUGAGCAGGUGGCCGGUCAACUCUUUAGAGAAAGAAACCUGGGGAAAGUGAAUAGCUGGCAGAUGUCGAGAGUCUGGAUCGUCCUCCGAAUUUGAAAGUGUGCCGAGGCCCUCUCAUGGUGAAACCACCAGCACCUGAGGACCCAGCUAAAGAGUGAUUCUGCUGCAGAAUGGACAGUUGGAUUUUUGUUAGUUGGAAAUCAAACUUGUUAUUUGUCUAAAGGGCCCUUUUUCUGAUUCUAAAAAGAAGGAUAACAAGGAACAUUCCAGAUGAGACUCUUCAUAGUUUCCCAAGAUCCUAUGUUAACGAUCAUUUUAAACACUAAAGGGACAAGGUUCAUUCCAAAGCCUUGUUCCUCUAAGCCACAUCCGCAGCAGACACGUGUGCGGUCUGAUGACAGCUGCAAACUGGAGACAGUUGAGGAGGAAAGGCAGGUGGGAAGAAGUAAGGAUGGAGACUCUCUGCAUUGAGGAAGUGGUGGAGUGGGACAGGAAGCCCUGAACAGAGGGUAGUGUCCACAGCUGGAAAACCUCUGCCAGGCACAGACCACCUCCACCAUAGCCCCCUGCCCAGUCUGGAGCCUGCAACUCCCUGACAGCACCAAGUCAGGGAGUCUUGGUGGAAGUAGAUCAAUUGACCUACAACAGAGCUCUUAGCCAUAAAGGUAACUGACAAAGGGGCUCUGAUGUUUCCUGAUCCCCCCACAGGUGAGGCAGAGCACCCCACCCACACCUGGCCCCAUCUUCCGUCUUCUGGGGAAUCUAUACCAUGCUCGGCCCACAGCUUAACUUCACAUUGCCGAAGGGAGACAUGGUUAAGGAAUGGCUUCAGCACCCUCUGCUUUUGGGCCGAUGGUAAGGUUUCAGCUCCCAUGGCCUCAUUUCUCCCAUAGAAGAAAUGGAUAACUAACACCUUUAAAAGACAGUUCUUUUGGUUUUAGAGAUGGAACCUUGUGGUACAGGUAGCUUCCAGAUAGGCCAGAGUGGAGUGUCACCUGGGGCAUCUCCAUGAUGACGUCUUCUCCAUAGUCACCUGGCAGGGUCCAUCUGAGACACUGGUUUGCACACAGUCCAUGAUUGAGGACCCCACUGGGACUUGUGUUGUUGGUAACAUCCUGGAGUUUCCACUAGGUUUCCAGGCCCCAUGAACAGUGCUACCUUCGUAUCCCCUAGAGCACACCCUUCUGGAAAUCCCUUCACCCCCACACCAUUGUCAUUAUGUGCUUUCAGGUGUUCUCCCACUGUCCUGACACUCCCCUUUAGGGGACUUCUUUUCUCCCCAGCAGGUAAUCCUAAGCACCACCACCACCACCCCCAUGGCCUGGAGCUGUAGCCACUUAUUUCCCCUGCACUUGGUCACAUGGGGAACUCUUGGAUGGUUUCUCUUAGGACUUUGUCCACCACCUUCUUGAGGUGCUUGCCAUGGAGAGUGCCUGAUUGGCCUAAAGUGAUUUAUCUCACUUUGCCAGAACACAUGACCUGCUAACAUGUGGCAACUCUAAACUGAGGGCCUGUUAGAUGUGAUACGGUAAAUCCGGAGCCACAGACAGGGUCCACCAUUAGGUUUGAGAUUCCAUGUCGGGUUUACUGAGAAUGAAAAAUACUUGAAUUAUUGAGCGCCUGUGAGCGCCCAGUUUCUGUUACACAGUAUUAACACAUGGCCAUUGUCGUGAAACAAGAGUGAUGCCUGAAGAUCUUGAUGAUGCUCGAGCCUUUUAUGUAACUUUUUAUUAAGUCUUUGUGUAUCUUGACUCAUUAAUAAAGAAAAGAAGAUGAACACUUGAA